CUUUAAAACUGUUUUGUUGUUUCUAAUCAUUUAUUUUAAGUAUCAUUGUUAUGGUGAUUGUAUAUAGAAAAAAUCAUAUUUCGAUCUUCAUAUAUAGAUAUUCGAAUUUCAUUUUCAUUUGUUGCAUCAUUUCUUUUAAUAUAAUUUGAGAAUUGCUCAAUUUCUCUUUGUGGCUAAAAAAUGGAUAAAAAUUCUGUUCAAUCAAGUCAAUCAAAAUUGGCCAAAUAUCGUAAAUAUUUUGGCAAGAAAAAUUCGGGUAUCUCAAUAUUGAAACCUGAAAAUCAGAUUACAAAAAGUCAAAUGGUUAUUAUGCAAGGUACAUCCGGUGUUGGUAAAAUGUCAAACAAAACAAUCAUCAUUCACUGGAAAGAAGAUGGAGGCAAAACGUCAUUGGACAAAUAAAAGGAUUGGCUCGAAAAAAGUAAAGCUUUCUGAUGUUAGGAUUUUCCCUUUGCCUGAUUAUUCUAAAACAAUUGGUGAUAAUUUUAAUAAAUCUGAAAUUAAGAGUUCAAAUGUUAUUGAGAUAAAAAAAUCAGUAAGAUUUCAACAUGAAGCUGCAAGUGAACAAAAAGCUUCAAAUAUCACUAAUGCUAAUGAUCCAUUCGAUGAUUGGGAUUCGGAUACGGAAAAUUUUUCCGUAUUCGAUCCGGAUGGUGAAACAUAUUGUUUCUGUCGACGAUACAUUCCUGGAUCGACAUUGAUUUAUUGUGACAAUUCUUUAUGUAAAAUCAAAUAUUUUCAUAAAAAGUGCCUUAAUUUUGAUCAAAUUCCAGAUGGAAAUUUUUUCUGUACAUCUUGCAAAAUAAAAAAACAGGCAAAAAAUGGCCAAUUCAUUCUUGAUCCAGAUGCCGAACAACAAGAAUGAUUCUACAAUUCUAUUACAUAAAUUAUCAUUAUCGUCCAUACAAACCAAUACACAUAAACAUAUCAACAAAAAUUCUAAUCGAUAUCAACAAGUUUAAAUUUUAAUCAUAUACAUCAAAUUCUUUUCAUCAGUUUAAAUCUCUUUUAUAUGAUUAUCG